CGAGUGUACGUCCACGCCCAUUCCAGCCUGUCAGCUGCAGAGUGAGUGAACCUAACCCUCUUGGGCUGGGCGUCAAUGGUCAGAUUAGCCCGUCUUUUGUGGCUCUGGCUCUGCAACGCUUUUGACUAUUCCACUCUGCUUCAACCUCGCACUCCUUCCCCCAGUCAUGACUGGCAUUCUUGCUGGUCUCCUUUUCUUUGGAAAUUGACCUUUUAAAUCAUUGAUCUCGUCAUAUGGGUUUUUAUUUGGCUUACAGCUUGGUUUUUUCCUUGGUCUCGGUUCUAACCCUGCGAUUUUGUUAGUUGCAUUUUCACACUUGCUAGUGUGUGCGUGUACGUGUGGCCUUAGCAAAAGACGUAGAAUUUCGGCUGCAAAUUGUAGGGCUUGGAAGAAGGUAUGUACCGUUCUGGCCAUUCAUUCUAACACCGAAAACUGCCACUAGAAUGUCUACUGACAGCGGCCCCAUGGACGAUGUGUCUUCGGGUCAGCCCAGAUCGAGACGGGGAGCAUCAGAAGAAAUAAAUCUUUCUUCCAAACAACCGCAGGGAUCUGCUAAGCCCCAACAGUCAUCUGGCCCCAAACCCGCUCCCCAGUCCUCCAAAUCUGACGAUGCCUUUGACCACUAUUCAAAAUCGCACACCUUUGUGGCCCAAGGCAGCCAUGGUCAGGCGCCAUCGGUAAUGAGUAUGACCAACAUGACAUCUUCUUUGCCAAGUUAUCAAUCACAAACUCAUCUCGACCAUCAUCCGAUUCAACAUCAUUUUUAUCCCGGUGCUCAAACCCAUGGCAUUAUGUACCCCAUACAUCCCAUGCCCCCCUACCACGGGGCGCCGCCAGGGGGAACAGCCUACAGUGCCUCCUUUUCCCAGGUUUAUCCGCCUUAUAUGCACCAUCCUCAGCAUACACCUACUGUGCACCAUGGUGCCUCGGUCUAUCACUCAUUCAUGCCAAAUCCAUCGGCUCAUCAUGGCGCCAUUGUUCCCAACCAAACUACAGCAUACAGCCAGACUUAUUAUAGUCAGCAUACAUACCCAGCAGCCUUGGGGCAUGGCCAGACAGCUAUCAAUAUGCAUUUUUACUCACAGCCCGGUCCUCGAAAUCCCAAGACGCAACCUCCCCCGGCCACCGCUUCGGCUCAUACACGAAAGGGUGGAGGGAAAAGUGUCCCAAGUUUGGUUUAUGACGUAUCAAAGACGAUUGUUGAUGGCUCAAUCCCAAUGAAACCUGCACCAGCCCAUUCCCCAACACUAGCUACGCCAAGAGGACCUCCUAGAAAACCGAAACAAUCUGGUCACGCCUUGUGGGUAGGCAAUCUUCCUCCCGGGGCAAAUGUUGUUGACCUCAAGGACCACUUUUCCCGUGAUGCCACUAGCGCCAUCGAAAGUGUUUUUCUCAUAUCAAAGAGCAAUUGUGCAUUUAUAAAUUACAAGACGGAGGCCGCCUGUGCUGCAGCACUGGCGAGAUUUAAUGACUCCAAGUUUCAAGGAGUGCGUCUUGUAUGUCGACUGCGUCGUGGAUUAAUCCCUGGGUCCAACCAGAAUACCCUGAGCUCCUCCACUCCAUAUACACCCAAAGGGGAAGAAAACCCCAAAACCCCAAUUGGGAAUGGUGAGCCACCGGGGACUCUCGAGACAAGAAACUUAGAGAAUAAGACUCCCGGUUCUUCGAGGGUACCCAAUCGAUAUUUUGUUGUGAAAAGCUUAACGAUGGAGGAUUUGGAAUUAAGUAGACAAAGCGGUAUCUGGGCAACUCAAAAUCACAACGAGGCCAACUUGAACCAGGCAUUCGAGACCGCGGAUAAUGUUUACCUGAUAUUUUCUGCGAACAAGUCUGGUGAAUAUUAUGGCUAUGCUCGGAUGCUGUCGCCGAUAAUAGAGGAUGAGGCGUUAGCGUUGGAGAUGCCACCGCGAUUGGACCCCGUUAUCACGGAGGAACUGAACGUCACCCAAACACAGGCAACAUCCACGGCCCCCAGUGGGCGAAUCAUAGAUGACUCGGCGCGGGGGACUAUAUUUUGGGAAGCCGAUUCGGAAGAGGAGGAUGAAGAGGAGGACGAUGAUGACAAGAGCGAAAAGAGCGUGGGCGAACCGGUUGAAGAAAGCACAGAGCCCGGUAGCCAGUCGAUCGGAAACCCUUUUCGGAUUCAGUGGCUCUCUACUGGGCGAGUGCCAUUCCAUCGUACUAGAGGCCUGCGCAAUCCUUGGAAUGCAAACCGAGAGGUCAAGAUUGCCCGGGAUGGGACCGAGAUUGAGCCUACAGCUGGGGCGAAGCUACUUCAACUCUUCCAGCCCCAACCAUCCGGGUUUCAAACGCCAUGA